AAAAAAAAGCCGCAGCACGCUCAGUAAAGGAAUUAAGGAAUAACUCCAUAAACAGCAGUUAAAAAUGUCGGCACCAUCUGAUAACCUGGAGCCUGCUUCACCUAAGGGCCUGAUGUCUGCUCUACCUGACAUCUCGGAUCCUGCUCCACUGGAAAACCCGGUAUCUGCUCGAAAAUUUGCUCUACCUAAAAACCUGAAGUCUGCUCCAAUGGAAAACCCGGUGUUUGCUUCACCUAGAAAACCCAUGUCUGCUCCACUGAAAAACGUGAAGUCUGCUACACCAGAAAACCUGAAGUCUGUUCCACCUAAAAAACUAAAGUUAGCUCCACGUGAAAUCCCCGCUGCACUGGAAGCCCCAGUGUUUGCUUCACCUAGAAAACCCUUGUCUGCUUCACUGACAAACCAGAAGCCUGCAAAAUUUAAAAAACCGCUGUCUACUCCGCUGAAAACCCUGAAGUCUGCAACACCGGAAAACCUGGACUAUGCUGCACCUAAAAAACUGAAGUUGGCUCCACCUGAAAACCAAAAGUUUGCUGCACUGGAAAACCCGGUGUUUGCUUCACCAAGAAAUCCCGGGUCUGCUCCACCUAGAAAACUCGUGUCUGCUCCACUGGAAAACCCGGUGUUUGCUUCACCAAGAAAUCCCGGGUCUGCUCCACCUAGAAAACUCGUGUCUGCUCCACUGGAAAACCCGUUGUUUGCUUCACCAAGAAAUCCCGUGUCUGCUUCACCAAGAAAACACGUGUAUGCUCCACUGGAAAACCCGGUGUUUGCUUCACCAAGAAAAUCCGUGUCAGCUCCACCUAGAAAACUGGUGUCUGCUCCACUGGAAAACCCGGUGUUUGCUUCACCAAGAAACCCCGUGUAUGAUACACUGGAAAACCCGGUGUUUGCUUCACCAAGAAAACUCGAGUCUGCUCUACCUAGAAACCCCGUGCCUUCUCCACUGAAAAACUCGGAGUCUGCUCCACCGAUGAACCAGAAGCCUGAUCCAUCUAAAAACGCGGACUCAUCUCCAAUGAAAAAUCUACAGUCGCACCUGGAGCUGUUCAUCGAGAACGUGCGACAAAUUGAACUCAUCGUCCGCGACUUUCAACCCCGGACACAGGUCGUUCUCAACCAGAAGAUCAAUGGCAUGAUAGGCGGCCUCCGGGAUCUUAAUAAGCUUCGUGCCCAGGUGGCGGACGUUUAUGUGCCCCUCGAGGUGUGCUAUGACUACAUUGACAAAAACAAGAAUCCCCAUCUGUAUACCAAGGACGUUCUGUUGAAGACACAGGCCAAGAACGAGGAGGUCAAGGGCACUGUCGAGGCCUUCCAGAAGUUCAAGUCACAUCUGCUGUUCGAACUGUUCAAGACUUUUCCCGACGAGAUGAACACCUAUCGCGCCUACAGGAGUGACACAAUGGGAGAUGGAAUGGAUGAAGAUAAGGCACCACCUACAGCCUAGGACGAACCUUUGUUGGCCAUGAUCAACACCUCCCUGAAGUGCGGCAUCUUCGUUACCUUCAUGUUUAUGGGAAACUGCCCCAAGAUAACC